AUGGCUGAUAAAUAUGAUACUUCAAUCCAUAAAAUAUAUGAAAUUUGGAAACGUCACGCUGAAGGAAUACCCUUGUGCAAACAGCAAAUAAUACAUAGCGUUGUCUCUUCUGAAAUAAUACCCAAAGAUAAUACUUCAGAUAGGAAGUCAAAGAAAAGAAAACCAGAAUCCAGUUCUAUUGGACCGGCUAUCUUUUUAGCUAAUAAGGUUGGCAUAAUCAAUAUUCUGAUAAAAAAAGUAGAUGAAAUGGAUGACUUACAAGCUAGGCUUGCACAAAAUUACAAAGAAAGAGAAGAAACUAAAUGUAGCAGGCCCAUAGAAGCGAGUUAUUGCGAAGCAAUGAGUAAAGCUCUACAUUCAUGGCUCUUCGAGCCUACAUGCUGUUUCAAUAUCAGACUCAUUUCUAUAAGCCCAUAG